AAAAAAACAGAGAAGCCUCGGCCUUCAAAUUGAUUUCUCCGCUCCUAUAAAUAGAGAGGAACCCCUCUCCUCUCUUCCUUCAUAUCCUCUGUCAACGUUGAACUCACCAAACAGAACUUCUAAACAGAAAGAAUCUCUUCCAAUGGCCACCAAAGUCUACAUUGUUUACUACUCAAUGUACGGACAUGUUGCAAAACUAGCAGAACAAAUACAGAAAGGAGCUGCAUCUGUGGAAGGAGUUGAGGCAAAACUGUGGCAGGUGCCAGAAACACUUCCUGAGGAGGUUCUAGGAAAGUUGGGUGCACCACCGAAGAGUGAUGUGCCGAUCAUCGCACCACAUGAGCUUGAUGAGGCAGAUGGGCUAAUUUUUGGAUUCCCCACUAGGUUUGGAAUGAUGUGUGCCCAAUUCAAGGCGUUUUUCGAUUCAACUGGCGGCCUUUGGAGAACCCAAAAGCUUGCUGGGAAGCCUGCCGGCAUUUUCUUCAGCACGGGUUCUCAAGGAGGCGGUCAAGAGACUACCGCAUUAACAGCCAUUACUCAGCUCGUUCAUCAUGGAAUGAUCUUUGUGCCAAUUGGCUACACAUUUGGAGCCGGAAUGUUUGAGAUGGAGAAAGUGAAAGGUGGUAGUCCAUACGGUGCCGGAACAUAUGCAGGGGAUGGCACUAGACAGCCUUCGGAGCUCGAACUCGAACAAGCAUUCCACCAAGGAAAAUACAUGGCUGGCAUCGCUAAAAAAUUCACGGGAUCUGCUUAACUUCUCACUACCAGUCACCAUACAGUUCCAUACUUCUUGGCAUUCGAUAAUCGCAAUUUCCUUUUUUUUUUUUGUUCAGAAUUUUCCUUUUGCAGUCGUGUCAAUUUAAUAAGUGCCUUAGUUUACCUAAGAGUGCAUUGUUCUUCAAUUAAUACAGUAGUCUAUUAUUUUUUUUGUAAGUUCUCUGUGUAUCAGAGUAUGCAUAGUAGAAAUGUGAUCGAUCCCUUUAUUGUUUCUA